CCAAUCACCAGCUAGUUCACUUGUCGGCUGUCAUGUGCAAUUUGACAUAACACUCAUAUCAAAACUUCAACAACAAAAACAAUCAACUUCAUCAAACCAUGUUCCAUUAAUCAACUCCUUAUUAAUAAUUAAAUUUAUGCGCUUACAAUUAUUUACCAAUAAAUAUAGAAUAUGAAUUAUCAGUUAAUGAUUUAUGUUUAAGUGAAGAUUGCCAAGAUAAUUUAUGAUAAUGUGGAGGUCUAAGGUGAUUACGGCUUCAAAUCGGAUAUUUCCUGGGUUAAUAUAUCACGACUGGGAAAAACAGUACUGGGAUGCCGGACACCUGGUUAAAUCAAAUUUACCUCUUCAAAUGGCAUUAUAUUUUGAUAUAUGGUUCUUUCCAAUUUGGUUUUUUACUAUACUUCUAGGACUUGACGCCAAGUAUUAUAAUUUAAGUGGAGUAUAUAAGUUUAUAAAUAUAAGCGUUUAUUUACUGAUUACAUGCAUUGAAUGUCUUAAAUUAUACCUCGGAUAUCUUGGCAAUUUAUCUGAAAAGAUUCCAGAAUUAGCAAGUUUCUGGCUCAUAUCUGCGUUACUACAAUUCCCACUGAUGGUAUUUAUGCUACUAGACGGCAAUAUAUUAAUAUUUUUUAUUGAAAAAGCAUCUACGGGAAUGAUGGUUUUAUUGGUUGUAUUUGAAAUUAUUACCGGUACUAUUGCGCUUAAUAAUAUAGCCGCACAUCACUUGAAGAGAUUUUACAUGGCACAGCUUUGUGGACGUGUUAAUAAAUUUAAUUAACUGGCAACUCAACUGACGGCCGCGUAAAAAAAAUUCAUUCAAAUUUUUUUAUCCCCUUUGCUCAAAUUUUCCAGAGCUUUCAAGGUGAUUGCUUCCUGAUUGGGCAAAUUGUUUGCGAGAGACAGCAUCAGUUGGCUCUUUGUCGGUGUCAUUCUCGUCAAUAACUAUAAUUUUAUAUAA